GCAAAACAAUAGCAUAACGAUGUUGAUCCCAUUGAUUGUAUAGCCAUUAUAGUGAUUUAUCUUUUUUAUUAUUUGAUUUUCAUUUUUAUUUAUAUACUUUGGUUAUCUUAGUUCGAGUAUCUCUUGUACACGCUUCUCUAUAUAAAUAUUUUUUUUUACUACUAAAAAAAAGGAGAAAAUAAUAGUAAAAAAACACCAUAAGAAGGCAAAGAAAAACUAAGAGAGAAUAUUUUUUAGAUAAUAUGGAGUGGCAAAAAAUAUACUAUCUAGAUAUGAUGCUUGUACCAUGUGGCUUUCUCAUCCUUAUUGUAUAUCAUUUUUGGUUAUGGCAUAUGAGUAAGACACAACCAUUCACAACAAUUUGUGGAAGAGAUGCAGAUGGACGAAGAUUUUGGGUUGCUUCCAUGAUGAAGGAUAUUGACAACAAGAACACCCUAGCAGUCCAAACACUUCGAAACAUGAUAAUGGGAACAACCUUAAUGUCAACAACAUCAAUUCUUCUAUGUGCUGGCCUAGGAGCAAUCAUAAGCAGCAAUUAUAGUGUUAAAAAACCAAUUAAUGAUUCAAUUUUAGGAGCACAUGGUGAAUUUAUGGUGCUAAUUAAAUAUGGCAUUAUACUCACAAUAUUAUCAUUCUCAUUUAUGUGUAACACUCUAUCGGGUGCAUUUAUCAACCAAGUAAAUAUUCUUAUUGGCACCCCACAAAAUGUUAAAUCUUUGGUUACCCCAGAAUAUUUGACCCAACAUCUUAAAAAAGCUAUGUUAUUGAACAUUGUUGGAAGUAGGCUUUUCUAUACAGCACUUACCCUUCAACUUUGGAUCUUUGGGCCUGUGUUACCUUUUCUUUCUUCAAUGCUAAUGGUUUGUAUAUUGUACAAUCUUGAUUUUGUUGAUGGGGACCACCCUAUGAAUGCUGAGUUAGAUUUCAUUAAGAAUGAUCCUUGAGGAAGAUAAUGAAUUUUUUUAUCUAAUUUUAUUGUGGAAAUUAGAAAUGAAUUUUAUGUUUUCUUAUUUGUAAUUAUAGUUGUUAAUUCAAUUUUUUUUUGUAAUAGUUAUAUUGAAAUGUUUAUUUGUAUUACUUAUAAAUGCACUUUAUGAGCUAAAAGAAUGUAUGUUUGUAUUUAUCAUAUGUAAAACUACUAUAUAUUAAAUUAA